AUUGCUCGUUCACCUUCUCUGUGCCAUUCGCCGCCUUCUUCACCAGCGGAAGGUUUACCGGAUAAGAAGGGCCGGAGCCCUUCGAGCUCUGUUGCUGCAAAUAAUUCUGCUAAGACCAAGAAACGGAACCCACUCACAUGGCCAAUGCUUUCCCUGUCAUCUCACUCUGUGUCCCAUCUAUCUCCCUUGCCUCUAAAACUUCGCAAGGCUCUUCUCCUUUUCCAGCCACCAGUGCCACUCUACCCAUUACGCCGCUAGGCAGUACCCGGUUCUUUACUACCUCUCUUCCCCGCGCCUUGUCUUCCUAUUCUUCUCCUGCCCCUUCGUCAAAAGCCGUUAUCGAUUGCGUAAAGGAGAGUUUGGGGCAAGCCACGAACAUAAGUUUGAGGGAUCUCUUGAACCUUAACAGUUGGGUUGUGCGUGAUUAUUACCGGCUUGUCAGCUCCGUGAACGCCCUAGAGCCUCGUAUCCUCGUGCUUUCAGAUGAACAGUUGAGAGCAAAGACUGUGGAAUUUCGCCUUCGAUUGAGCAAAGGGGAAAACCUUGCUGAUAUUCAAGCUGAGGCAUUUGCUGUGGUUCGGGAGGCCGCAAGAAGGAAGCUUGGUAUGCGGCAUUUUGAUGUCCAGAUCAUCGGUGGUGCGGUGCUUCAUGAUGGAUGCAUUGCUGAGAUGAAGACUGGGGAAGGAAAGACUUUGGUUUCGACAUUAGCAGCUUAUCUGAAUGCUCUUACUGGCCAUGGAGUUCACGUGGUGACUGUAAAUGAUUACUUGGCUCAGCGUGAUGCUGAAUGGAUGGGCCGCAUUCAUAGAUUUCUAGGUCUUUCCGUUGGCCUCAUUCAGAGUGGCAUGACUGCUACAGAGAGAAGAUCGAGCUAUAGUUGUGACAUAACGUAUAGUAAUAAUUCGGAACUUGGUUUUGAUUACCUCCGAGACAAUCUGUCUGGAAAUAGAGCGAAACUUGUAAUGCGAUGGCCAAAGCCAUUUCAUUUUGCCAUUGUUGAUGAAGUUGAUUCAGUCCUCAUUGAUGAGGGGAGGAAUCCAUUAUUGAUAAGUGGAGAGGCAAGUAAGGAUGCUGAGCGUUACCCUGUUGCCGCCAAAGUUGCUGAGCUUCUUGUACAGGGAAUUCAUUAUAAUGUGGAACUGAAAGAUAAUUCAGUUGAUUUGACUGAGGAAGGGGUUGCGCUUGCUGAAAUGGUUCUUGAGACUAAUGAUCUGUGGGAUGAAAAUGAUCCAUGGGCCAGGUUUUUAAUGAAUGCUUUGAAAGCCAAAGAGUUUUACCGUCGGGAUGUUCAAUACAUUGUUAGAGAUGGAAGGGCAUUUAUAAUCAAUGAG